AUUCCGGUUUGGAUCAAGUGGCAACAUUAUUGGCAGAGUAUAAAAGCGUUGCCAAAAUUUCGUAUUGGCAUCAAAUAAGAUUCUCCAGUUCGAGCUAAAAGAAGCUGAUAUUCCUCCAAACCAAUCAACAUGAAAUUCGCAGCAGUCGUAGUCUUGUUGGCUUUGGCCCUUGGAAUUGAAAGUCAUGUCUUGACCUACAGUGCUCACUCAUCGCCAUUGUCUUACACUGCCCAUGGCCCAUACGUUAAUGGAGUACCAGUAGUCAGCGCCUACAGUGCCGCUCCAUUUGUUAGCACUUACGGUGCUGCUCCAGUUGUGACUGCAUACAAUGCCGCUCCAGUUGUUGCUCCCGCACCCGUUCUUGCCCCAGCUGCUCCCGUUGUUGCUGCCGCCCCAGUCGUUGCUGCUCCAGUGGUAGCCGCUGAAGGAAGUUAUGUAGCUCAAACUCGUGGAUCCGUCCAUGUUGCUCCAUUGCCAGGACAUGCCAAUUCAGCAGCUUCUGUUAACCUCGAACCAGCACCAGGCACCUUGUAAAUCUAUUUGAUCGGAAAACUGACAGGAUUCUAUCGUGAAUAAUUGAAUAAAAUUAUGUGAUUUUGCAAUUGAAA